CCCCCCUGGCACCACCACCAUCCCCCUCACCGCAACCCACCGCGGCAGCGAAGCAAGAAAUGCCCCACCGCCCCACCACCACCACCUCCGCCGCCGCCACCUAUUCCCAUAAAACCCCCCUCGCACCACCACCCUCACCGACACCCACCGCCGCAGCCGUAGAAGCAGAAGCCCCGUCGCCACCACCCAGCGCGGUGGCGGCGAAUCAAGACAGGCACCUCCGCAACAUCCUGGACGCCCUGGUUGGCAGCGGAGACUACGGCGGGUGGGCCAACCUCCUGUCCUCCGCCAACCCCUCCGACCUACCCCUCACCGCCACCCUCUUCGUCCCCUCCAACGACGCCAUCUCCGCCCCCGCCGCCACCCUCGACCCCCUCCUCGUCGCCUACCACAUUGUCCCCCAGCGCCUCACCUUCUCCCAGCUCCGCCACCUCACCAUCCCCACCCGCCUCCCCACCCUCCUCCCCUCCAAUUCCAUCCUCCUCACCGGAAACUCGCCCGAUAAUUUCACCGUCGACGGAUCCCACAUCACUCAACCCGACAUCUUCCUCAACUCCGCCUUCGCUGUUCACGGACUCGAUAGGCUGCUCAACUACUCCGUUUACGGCGGCAGCAGCCCCCUCUCGCUCGCGCCGGAGAGCAGCGACGACGGCGCCAACCUUGUCGAGGGAAGGCAGCGGCCCCGGCCACGACUGCCGAAGCGGAGGCGGUCGCCGCCGCCGCCGGGGAACGGAGGCGACUGGGUGCCGGACAUUCCGGACGUAACUUCCCCGGGUCUAAAGGCCGGCGCGUGGCGUCCGUGCGGUGGAAUUCCGGCGGUUGUGAUUUCUUGCUUUUUUGUGUUUUUCGGAUUCAUGAUUCGUUGAGAUUUCGCGCGCGAAAUGUGGGUGGUUGGAAUUUCUUGAUUUUGUAACAUUUCUUUGAUUCACAAUGAAUUUGAUUCCCCCGUU